CACGGAGCCUGUACAACAACUGCACUGACCAGCCUCCCCCUGACACAUUUGGGGAAAACGUUAAGCUUCAUGUCUCCAUAAUUUCUGUCACACAGGAGAAAGCAAUGGACCUCCACAAGAUCAUCCACAGCGCGCUGCACGAGUUCAUCCAGACUUACAUUCCCGAUGCAGAUGUCAGCACAUUGGAUGAUGUUCUUCUGUCCUACAUCACUGGAGUCCUGGAGGAUCUUGGCUCCCAGCAGAGUGUCGAGGAGAACUUUGAUGUGGAGGUCUUUGCGGAGAUGCUAGAAGCUUACAUCCCUGGCUUUGCCGAAAUUGACAGCGUCAAAGUCUGUGAGAUGAUGUUCAAUCUGGCUUCCAAACUGGCCACUGCUCGGACUUCAGCUGAUGAGGAAAACGGUGUGCCUAAGGCAAGGGCAGAAGAGAUUUCUGUGAAACUCACCACCCUGCCCAGUGAGCCUCCGCCAGGAACAGAAACACAGUGCCUUAAAACACAGACAGAGGGCGCCACCGCCAAGCCACCAGUGUCUGAGUGGGAGGCUCAGGAGCAGCACCUGCUGGAGAUGUUUCCCAAGUGCAGUCUGUCCGAGGCUCGCAGCGCUCUGUCCAUCGCCAAAGGAGACAUGGAGGAAGCUGUGCGCCUCAUAAUAGAGGGCGAUGUCCAACUCAGCCCCACUCCCCUAAAUGUAAACCACGGGAAGAGCAUCUCCUCGCUGGCAGACCAGAAGCUUAAAGAGAGCAUCCUUGAGAAGUACAUGCUAGUGGACAGCGAGGAAGAUAACAAAACACACCGGCCCGUCGCCCCCAAAGAUGCUCCAAAGAAGCUAGUUCGUUACCACAGUAACCAGGUGGUAACCACGAAGGGAGAGAGAUACCAGCUUGUGAAGAAAAACGAGACAGAGGACAUGAAGAAGACAUACGUCAACCUCAAGCCCGCACGAAAGUACCGAUUCCAUUGAUGACGAGCACAACACUGUAAGAGCAGCGAAUGACAAUAUUGUUUACACACUUUUUAAUUUAUUACGUUUGAAUUUGUUCGAUUUAUUUUUUUUUUCCCAAACAAAGGAAGACAUUUGCUGGUGUGUCAGUGGCUUACUUUGAACAACCAUUAUAUGCCUUGGUUUAAACAUUCAAUCACAGUGUUUCGGUUGCGUUAAAAGUUUACUUGAGAAGUUUUUGGAUUUUUUUGUGUGGUAUUUUGAUCAGGAUGUUGUAACUUGUGCUCUUGUUUAUGUAACAGCCUAACCUAUCUACUUUUGGCCAUCUCAGCCGGUCUGAUGUUGCACUGACAGUAUUGUUCUUUUUUUUUUUUUUGCGUUUUAAUUUUUUUUUUUAACCUAGUAGAAUAUAGAUUCAGAAUUAUGACAUUGCGAGUGGAUCUAUAUUCAUAUCUGUAAAUAAGUUCUCGUGGUGCUGUAGAGUUUCUUCUUGACAUUACAACUCUCAAACGCUUUGUUUUGUUUUUAAUGCACAUACACCGAUUAGCCAAAACAUUUCAACCUCCUCCAAUCUUUAUGCUUUGCACAUUUUGUCUGCUUCCAACCCCAUCAACUUCAACAACUGUUCACUAGCUGCCUAAUAUAUCCUACUCCUUGACAGGUGCCAUUGGAACAAGAUGUUGCAAGCGUCACCUGUAAGCGGUUUUAAUGUCGUGGCUGAUCGGUUUAUUAUUUCAAUGACGGCAAUUUCAUUAUAAGUAAAACUUUUUAUAUCACACAGGAUUACAGUGCUGUAAAAGGUUUGUUGAAACCUUGUGUUUUGGGACAAUUUGUUGAGCUACAAAAUUGAACUUCAGCAGGAGUAAUAUGCAAAGUUUUACACAAUAUGUUUACUAAACUGAAACCAACCUUGGCUCAAAGGUGAGAUUUGACAGUCUGUCAUUAUGACCUGUGAGUCCUGAGCAGUCUGAGAUUAAACACUUUAACUAAGCCCUGGAAGAAUAAGAGGUACACUUAACUUUUACACAUCCUACAUAAAUAAAUGUGUUUUUAAUUAUCUGUAAUAGAAAGCACAAUCAGGAUCCAUGGUAGUUCAUUUUUAUAGCACAACAAAUUAAUGUUUCCACAAACUUUUACAGCACUGUAAUUUUAGACAUAAUGACGUGGAGGACUAUGGUUGCCCCCCUUAAAAAAUAAAAAUGUUGAGUGAAAUAUGCUGCUGGAGGACUUCAUGUUAAAGUUCAUUCCAACAGUAGUAUCUUUAUUUUUGAUAUAGAUGUUUAGAUUUGCAAAGUCUCCAAUUAUGUAUUUGUGAAAGCAGAAGGUUGUGUUUUUUCAGGGUCUGUUUACAUAUUACCGAAGUGGUUCUGUAUCACGGCUCCUCUCAUCUCAUUUGUGUUCUUGUGAACUUUGCUUCGCUCGUAAUUGUUGGUUGUGGAACUUUUCGAUUAUGAUUGGAUUCUUAUUUCUUAUUAAUUGUAUAUUAGGAUAAAUGGGUUGGUGAGGUUUUUUUUGGGUUUUUUUCCCCUUUACUAAGAUAUAUCGUUGUUUGUGUUCCCCUCUGCAUCCAUUUGGAGCAACUAUAAGCAAUUGUUUUAAACUGGUAGUAUAAUCUUGUUUUUGCUGAGUGUAGUGUAACACAAUUGGGUGUCGACAAGAUGUGUUGUUACUGAUAGUUGUCAUUAUCAGCAGCAAUGUUAUCUUUAAUUAGUAUGUGAUGGUGGUACAGUAGAGCAUGGAGUGGAUUUCCUGAAGCUGUUUAGUCACAACUGAGUUUUAACCCCUUCGCUUUGAAAGACUGCUGACGCACAAUUUAUAGUAAAUAAAUACUAAUUUUUGUAGACUACAA